GCUGUUAGCGUGCCGUGACGGCUGUGUUGUGUGUGCCAGUUUGUCGGUUCUCUCCCUUUAAAAACAUUGGUGCAUUCACUCUUUACUCUUGGAUAUAGAAUCUAGAUAUAGAUUUCCAUGUUGUUCGUGUAAUAGUGAUUCCUGUCAGUGAACUGCUACCGACAAAGUACCGUGACAUAGUGAAUUGCCACUAAAAAUGUUAGAUAGAUCUAGAUCUAGAUCUAGAUCUAGUCUAUAUUUUCUUUAGGGCCUACUUAUUGGACUCUGACUAACCAGUCAAGUUCAAAUAUUAAGCGCCCAGUAGGCCUGUUAUAGUUAUACAACAGACGUAGGCCUACUUCAUUAUACCUUGUGGAUUAUGUAUGUUGCCCUAAAGAUAACCUGGGUGAAGUGAACACAACUCUUUUAAAAAGGUUGUCUUAGAAGUCUGCCUGCCAUGGAGAGAGAGUGGAGGAUACUUUGUGUAGUGGCUCUCAUCAGCUGGACACACUGGUCACUUGCUAGUACAGAAUCUUUGCUGGAUGCCCCAUGUAAUCAGACAUUUACAAGUUAUAAUGGAAAAUUUUAUGGAUGCCUGACAGAUAACCAGGAAUAUUUCACCCCGACAUACAAACUUCUGGAAUUGUGUGGAAAUCUAGAAGACAUUUUUGUGAUAAGUGAUAUAAACAUUUAUUCUUUACGACCCUCCAGUGAACAGCUGCACAAAUCUUGUCUAGAAAAACCAACAUAUCUUACCCAUGUCCAGUACAACUCUUCUUGUUUGAUGGGGACAAAAGGUCAAGCUUUUAAAGACUUUAUCUACCCAUAUUUUACCAGAUUUAGUGGUAAAAUUCUAAAAAAUUUGAAAUUAGAAACUAAGAUGAGUGUGCCUAAAGAGUUAAAGCACAACGACACAUAUAUUGACAUCGUCGGGUCUUGUAUUCCAGACAACUCUAAUAAAUGGGACUUUUGUCAGCCUCAGAACAGCACAGAUGAUAUUACUAAAAUUUGGUUGUACUUGAACAAUGAAAACACAAAUAUCUCACAAUGUUCAUGCAAUGUUAGAAGCAAUUCUACAAAAACUAUUCAAAUUAAAACUCUAGAUGUUCGACUCAAUGGGAUCAGCCUCCGGUUCACUGGCGCUAACAAACCACUGCAUUUAUCUGACCCCAAGUUGUACUGGUCACAUGACAACCUUCCACUGACAUUCACUGACUAUGUGGACAUACAACUCAGUGCUAUAGCAUCUUCACUAGAUCAAAUAGUGCUGCUUGAAGUUACAGGUUAUAACAUGGAUGUAAGUUGUGGUCCCAGUGUCCCAAAACACAGUAGUCCCCAGAAUCCACAUCAAGCAGAAUUCAAACUUUGGUAUGUUAUUGUCAUCUCGCUGGCGGGUGUGCUGGUCAUCAUACUGGUCACUGUGGUCAUCAUUUGCUGCUGUAGGCGCAGAAAAAGCAUGUCUAGAGAGAAAGCGUCAGAUGUUAUUUAUGCUGAGCCAGAUGAACCUGCGAAGGGCAAGGAUUUUGAGAGCAAGCACCCAGCAGGGCGGGCACCCAAGGAUUCUGGCCGGGCACCCAAACCAUGCCAUUCUGACACCACAGAAAGUCUUUUACCACCAGAUUAUUUUGAGCUGGAGAAACCGUUACCUCCUAAUAACAAUGUUGGCCGGCAGGAUGUGUACAACCAUCUGAGAGAGGAAGAGAAACCUCUGCCUGAAAACAUCUAUGACACGACAGAAAACGAAUAUUCAACACUCACCAGGGUCAACCCCAAGGUCAUUGAUAAUGUGUAUGAUGUGUAGUAUGUGUGUGCGGCCUUGAUGAUGGUUUAUAUGAUGAAUAGUGUGUGUCACAUGUUGCAAAUUGUAUGACAUAUUUUAAGUAUGUUUGUACUAUUAUGCUGCCAUCUUCAUGUGUAUCUGUCAAAAUUUUAUAUUUACAUUCAAUCACAUUGCCUUUGUAUUCAUCAGUGUCAAAUAUUGAUAUGUAAAAUGUAAAUAACUGGUUUUAUCUUUACUUUUCUUGUUGAUUGGUUAUGUGCCUUGUUUUCGCAACUAAAAAAAUAUAUUUUCUCAGUUAAACACAUGCUGGCUAGAAUAGAAAGAAAAUGUGUGACUAUACAGACUUGAAUUAUCUUUUCUCUUGAACAAUGUUCUGUGAUAUAACUGGUCAGUAUUAGAUGUAACUAGCCUUGUUCCUCAUGCGUUGUUCACGUUCACUUUUUAAAAAAAAUGUUAGUUAGGAUUAAGUUUAGGGUCUCCCUCUAAAAAUGUCAGGAUUAAGUUUAGGGCCUCCCUCUAAAAAUGUCAGGAUUAAGUUUAGGGCCUCCAUCUAAAAAUGUCAGGAUUAAGUUUAGGGCCUCCCUCUAAAAAUGUCAGGAUUAAGUUUAGGGCCUCCCUGUAAAAAUGUCAGGAUUAAGUUUAGGGCCUCCCUCUAAAAAUGUCAGGAUUAAGUUUAGGGCCUCCCUCUAAAAAUGUCAGGAUUAAGUUUAGGGUCUCCCUCUAAAAAUGUCAGGAUUAAGUUUAGGGCAUCUCUCUAAAAAUGUCAGGAUUAAGUUUAGGGCCUCCCU